AUGAGUAACACGGACUUCCUGGGGCGGGCGAUUGACGCCGUCAAGAAGGCCAUCGAGCUCGACAAUUCGGGCGAGUACGAGAAGGCUUAUCAGGGCUACUACUCCGCACUGGAGCUAUUCAUGCUCGCCCUGAAAUGGGAGAAGAACCCCAAGUCCAAGGAGAUGAUUCGCGCAAAAACGGGCGAAUAUCUUGAUCGCGCAGAGAAACUCAAAACGCACCUUGAAGCAACGGAAAGUCGAAAGAAGCCAAGUGCGGUAGGCGCCAACGGCAAGGUGGCGCAAGGCAGUGGGAAGGGCGAUAAGAACGAGGACGAUAAUGAAGACGCUGAUUCGAAGAAGCUACGCAGCGCCCUUGCUGGGGCGAUCUUGUCGGAUAAGCCGAAUGUGAAGUGGGAGGAUGUAGCAGGUCUCGAGAGUGCUAAGGAAGCAUUGAAGGAGGCGGUCAUAUUACCUAUUAAGUUCCCUCAUCUGUUUACGGGGAAACGACAGCCAUGGAAGGGUAUCUUGCUCUAUGGGCCUCCCGGUACUGGAAAGUCGUAUCUUGCCAAAGCCGUGGCGACGGAAGCAAACAGUACGUUCUUCAGUGUCAGUAGCAGUGAUUUAGUAUCCAAGUGGAUGGGUGAAAGUGAAAGGCUCGUGAAGCAGCUCUUCAAUAUGGCCCGCGAGAACAAGCCCGCUAUUAUCUUCAUCGAUGAAGUGGAUGCCUUAUGUGGUCCUCGUGGAGAAGGAGAAUCAGAGGCAUCCCGCCGUAUCAAGACGGAGUUGCUGGUGCAGAUGGAUGGUGUAGGAAAGGAUUCGAGGGGUGUUCUAAUCCUGGGCGCAACGAACAUUCCAUGGCAACUAGAUGCAGCUAUUCGUCGCAGAUUCCAGCGGAGAGUCCACAUCAGCCUUCCCGACAUCAAUGCACGAGUGAAAAUGUUCAUGCUAGCUGUCGGACAAACACCGUGUGAAAUGACGCAAGCCGAUUACAGAACACUGGCGGAGAUGAGCGAGGGCUACUCCGGCAGCGAUAUUAGCAUUGCCGUUCAGGAUGCACUCAUGCAACCGAUCCGUAAAAUCCAAACGGCUACGCAUUACAAGAAGGUUUUGGUUGAAGGACAAGAGAAAUUAACACCAUGCUCUCCAGGAGACGCAGGUGCAAUGGAGAUGACAUGGACGAGCGUGGAAGCAGAUCAGUUGCUGGAGCCUCCGCUCGUUCUGAAAGACUUUAUUAAAGCAGUUCGCAACUCUAGACCCACCGUCAGCCAAGAAGACCUCCAGAGGAACUCGGAGUGGACCAAGGAAUUUGGCAGCGAAGGCGCUUAG